UCUCUAUACACUCUCUGUUCUAUUUUAGACGCAACAAUUUGAUCUGUAACCUUACCAGCAAAUUAGAAAUGGUUGUCAUUCUUCUUCUCUUGUUUCUAUUAGCCCCUUGUGCAACCUCAUUAAACUUCAGUUUCCCCAGCUUCCCAAAUGGCAUCAACAUAUCUCUCGAGGGAGAUGCUUCCCUCGAUGGUUUCCUCCGACUCACCAAAAGCGCUGCUGACCAGGUGCGAUACCAAAGCGUCGGCCGAGCCACCUACAGCCAACCCUUCCUCCUCCGCGACAACGCCACCGGAAAACUCACCGACUUCACCACAAAUUUCACAUUCGCCAUCGACUCGCUAGGCAACACAACCUAUGCAGACGGGCUCGCCUUCUUUUUUGCGCCAAAGGGGUUUGCACUCAACACAACAAUAGGCGGAGGCGGCUCUCUUGGCCUCCCCGUCAAACACUCAGGAACAAACGAGUCCACGAAUCUGUACCCGUUUGUGGCAGUGGAGUUUGACAUCUUUUACAAUGUAGAGGCUGCUAUCAAAGAUCCCAGGGGCGAUCAUGUUGGUAUUGAUGUCAACUCUGUCAAGUCUAGAGUUACCAAGGCGUGGAAUGGGCAUUGGUAAGAAACCAACUGCUUGAAUCUUCAAUUCCUUAUUUAUGUAGAUACAAGGAAAAUUAUUUUGAUUUGAAUUGGUAAGAAACCAACUGUUGAUUAAAGCACUUUCAAAUAUUAAACUCUCUAUACACUCUCUGUUCUAUU